AUGCCAGCCUACCCAGCUAGCUCCGGAAGGGAAGAGUACAUCGGCAAAGCCGGCCGAAAUUAUAGAAUCGAACGAACAAUUCAAGUAGAAACCUUUCCUCCCCGUCGGGUUUGUCUUGCUGCCGCUGGCGACAAAAAAUAUAUCCUGAAGUACAUACACGCUGUCAACUUCGAGGACCUUCGAGAACUAAAUAAUAAGUUACUCGGUACUAACCAUGUUCGUCUCCCUCAAGACAUUCUUCCCGAGAAGUCCAUGUUUGUUUUUGAGUAUUUUACAGGCCACCUCCUACGCCUUGUUCAGGACAAUAUACCUCUCGAAACAACCAAAAAAAUACUAAAAGAUGCUCUUUGUGGGCUAGCGGAACUCCAUGACCGGGAUAUUGUGCAUACAGACAUUAAAGCGGACAAUGUAUUUAUCGACUGGAAGGGUCAAGGCAAUGACAUUGUAAUUGGGCGAGUUCAGCUGGGAGAUCUUGAAGAUGCAGCCUAUAUACCCCCUGGGUCCGCCAUGGUUGGGAAGCAAGCUGGAAACCAGAUGUGGAGGAGCCUGGAAGCUCAUGCAUCAGGACCAGUGAAUAAACCUUCUGAUAUAUUUUCGUUUGCUCUUGUUUGCAUUUAUGCGGUACAUAAACGAGUUUUAUUGGCCGUAGGUGAAGAGGAAUUGGAUGAAGGGAUAGACCCGCUGUCUAUUAUACUCGAGCGCCAAAUCUCAUACUUUGCUGAUGAUGACGGAAUAGACGGACUCUUGAAAUACCUCGGGAAUAACCCUUGGGUGCAAGUCUUUGAAGUCAUUCGAGACGGUUUCAACAAGGAUAGCCCCCGCAGACCGUUUUCUCUCUGGAAAGAUGUUGAUGAGGAUUUUAGAGAUCUUAUUUGCGCUAUGACGAAGUUGGACCCUACGAAGAGAAUCACUGCCCGAGAGGCACUGACACACAAGUGGUUUGAGGACGUUUUAAGUUGA